AUGGAUCAGUUAGUUGAUUUUCUUCGUGGUGUGAAAGAUUCACUUUCUGGUAUCUUAGCUAUCAUAGAAAUAGACAAAGAAGAAGAAAAAGCUUUAUCAGCAGCAGGAGAGAGGGUGGCCCAGAAGCCCCAGCGACCCCCAAGUGUCCAGGCUAUGAAGAGGGCUGCCAAUCGAAACAAGCCAUCGUUUGACAGCAAGAAUUCUGUUGACCUAAAAGAAAGAGAGACAGUCUUCCAGCGAUUGAGGAAAUGCUGCCUGUACAACCUCAUCUUUGCUCUUUCAGUUGCUCUGUUGACUGACUAUGUCCUCUCUUCCUGCUCUGAACUCCUUCCUUCCUUCUCACUUCCAGAACCCGUGUACUCCAUUGGCAGCAUAAUUUGGUGGAUAUCCAAGUCCCUGUAUUUUGCUGUUGGCCUUUUCCUCUUGAAAGUUUUCAAUUUCUUCUGGUGUCAGGACAUAGCUGACGCUUCCUACAGAAAGUUCAGGGGCAGACCGAAAAGCCUGCCUCUCGCCAUGUCAUACGCUGAUCUCAUGUUCACAUUUUGUGUCCAAUGCAUAUUUAUCUUACAGGCAAACUUGGUUAGCUACAUAUUCACGACGCACUUUGAUGGAAUGUUUUCGUUCCUGGCGUCUGUUGUGUACCCGUACCACAUGAUGCUGCUCUACACCCUAUAUGCAUACGACUACAGGUGGUUCUUCCAAGGAUUGGAGGUACAACACAAAUUUGCGUACAUUGAACAACACUGGCCUUAUUUCCUUGGUUUUGGUCUUCCAUUGUACAUUCUGUCAAAUAUCAGUGAAUCAAAUAUUCUCAACUCUUCCAUAUUUGCUCUCUGCUAUCCAGUGUUCAUUGUUGCUGCUAACGAGGCAAAGACAAAGCCAGUCAAAUCGUAA